UAAAAUAAAAGGUGAAGUUGUUCGGUCAAAACAAAAGUCUUGAGGGCAGUCACCACCACCACCAGUGGUUGAGGAAUUAUAAAACCCUAAGCACAAAACGAAACAGCAAAAAUUAAAGAAGAAGAUAGACUAGACCAGACGAGAACCCAACUCGCCGUGGACCCAGAUCGGAUCGGAUCGGAUCCGACUCGACUCAUAUCCUCCUGGAGAGGUUUUCAUACAUUCUGCUCCUCAAUCUUCUGAACAAUCAUCAAGGGCCUGCCUUGCAGGGGCUAACGCUGACGGGUAUUGCUUGCGAGAAAUGGAUCCUGUUCGCUAUGGUCUUCAGCAAGGAUGGGAUAAUAACAGCGCUCUGGAGGGUUAUGGUGCAGUACACGAGCCAAACUUCCGGGUUGGUGCUCCCUAUGAUGAGAGGAGGUUCUUAGAUGAAAGAUAUUCAAGAGAUAACAUUUACUCGAGGAAUGCCUUCCAUCGUGAUGUAUUGGAUAGGGAGAAUUAUCCACCACCACCACCACCACCACCGCCUCCUACUAUGGGUCUUUGGCCACAGUCGAGGAGGAGAAGUUAUGAAGAGGAAUAUCCACUUGAUAGGGAAUCUAGGCGACAUGAGAAACCACACAUUGAUUCAUUCCAUGAGAAUGAUGAAAUUCAGGAAUUUGAUAAGCUUCGGGAUGACUAUCGCAGUGUGGAUAACUAUCGUGAUCAUGGAUUUGACAGGCCUGGUAGGUUUGGGGAGCGUGACCAUGAUGAUUAUACUUAUGAUGAUUAUGACUAUAGGUCCCGCAUUUCCCAUCAAAACAGGGAGGAUAGCCGUGACAGGGAUUACGACUAUGGUCGUCAUAGUUAUGAUUCUGAUUAUGACAGAGGCAAUAGGAGAGAUGGUAAUUGGAGGCGGCGUGACUCCCGUGAUAAGAGAUGUGCAAGUCGAGAAAGAGAUCAGAGUCCAUAUAGAAGACAUGAGCGCUCCUGGUCUCGGGGGCGUGAUGAUCGGCCUAGGUCAAGGUCUCCUCGGGGAAGAAGCCAUGGUCGAAGUCAUCGAGAAGACAGCUAUGAUGAUGAUCGACAUGAAAGGAUUGAUAAGCGAAGGGAGCGGGAAGACAAGCGUCAUCGGGAGCAAUAUUCUGUGGCCCCAUCUGCGACUAUUGUUGUGAAGGGCCUCUCACAGAAGACAACUGAGGAAGAUUUAUACCAGAUCCUUGCUGAAUGGGGACCCCUUCGUCAUGUCCGUGUGAUCAAAGAGCGAAACUCUGGAAUUUCUCGUGGAUUUGCUUUUAUCGAUUUUCCUUCUGUGGGUGCAGCGCGUGCAAUGAUGGACAAGAUCGGAGAUGAUGGUCUUGUUGUGGAUGGAAGGAAGAUUUUUUUUGAGUAUAGUAGUAAGCCAACUGGUGGGUCAGGUGGAUCAUUUGGUCAAGAGAAUGCUUUGAAAUCAGGCCACUUUAAUCAUAAAAACAUUACAAUACCAUCUGAUUGGAUGUGCAACUCUUGUGGCUGUGUCAAUUUUGCACGUCGGACAUCUUGCUUCCAGUGUAAUGAGCCACGUACUGAUGAUGCUCUCCCAGCAGAUAUUGCUUUAUCAAAUUCAGCACCUUUAGGGAAGAAAGGAUUGGAGGCAGGGCCUACUCAUGUUUUGGUUGUUCGUGGAUUGGAUGAAAAUGCUGAUGAGGAAAUGCUUCGGUAUGAAUUUUCCAAACAUGCUCCAAUUAAGGACCUUCGUCUUGUCAGAGACAAAUUUACUCAUGUCUCAAGGGGAUUUGCAUUUGUACAUUUUCAUUCGGUGGAGGAUGCUACCAAAGCUCUUGAAGUAACAAAUGGAACAACUCUUGAGAAGAAUGGGCAGAUCUUGAGAGUGGCAUAUGCAAAAAGCAUACUUGGUCCAGGAUCAGGGACAUCUGGACCUUCCCAGUCAAGCAGCCUUGCUGCUGCUGCAAUUGAGGCAGCGACAUUUGCUCAACAGUAUGAUGCAGUUGGAUGGACACCAAAAGAAUACAACCCAGAUGAUAAGCAAUCAACCAGUGGCCAGGAGCAAAUUGGUGGGGAGAUUGCAGUUCAACAUGAUGGUUCAGCUCCGCAAUCCGGAUUUGUGUGGGAUGAAGCAUCUGGUUAUUACUAUGAUGCUGCUUCUGGGUUCUACUAUGAUGGAAAUACAGGUCUUUAUUAUGAUGGUAAUGGUGGAAUCUGGUAUUCAUUUGACAACCAAACGCAGCAGUACAUCCCUUGCACUGAUCAGAAUGACAACAAAACAUCUGGUAACCAAUCUGGGCUCCCCAAGGCAUUGGAUGGUUCCAGUAAUAGAAAAGUAAUCAUCUCUGCACCAGCUACAACUGUAAUAUCAGUUGAGAAGGCUGCCUCAUUACCAGACGCUGUACAGGCUGCAGCAACAGCAGCAAUAGCUGCUGAGAAGAGAGAGAAGGAGAAGUCAAAAGAGAUAAAGCUCGCUUCAAAGAGCAGUAUUUUGGCUAAUAAGAAGAAGAUGAAUAAUGUAUUGUCAAUUUGGAAGCAGAGGAGUCAUGAAGGACAAGCGACUCGUGUGGCUCUUGAUGACAAUCAACCGUCUGGGUCAGCUGAUGAUAGACCUUUUUCUGUUGCACCAGCCACAAAGAGCAAGUUUAAGACUGAUGCAACAGCAACAAAAGAUAAUAUUACAUCCAGUUCAGUGGCUGCCACAACUGUUUCUGUGGCCCAGACUGUUGGUUUGGAGUCUUUGGUCAAGCCAAGGCCUGUGAGUAACAGCUUAGGUGGAACUGUGAUGGGGGUUAUUAGGGGCUCUGGAAGAGUUGCAGUGAGAUCAGAUACUUUGUAUUCAGGAUCUUCUGGUGGAGUUUCCACUUCAACUGUUGCAGCAAGUGCUGCGGGUAUGUCAACAAAUGCAGAUAUGCCUACAGUGGCAACUCCAUUUAAAACGGAUGCAUCUGCCUUGGGUUCCUAUACCCCACCGACGGCUGCUGGGAGUGCCAAGAGGAGGUUUUCUGAAAUGCCAUUAAAUCCAGCUUCUGCUCACAAGGAGCAACCUCAAACUACCUAUAGGGAUCGUGCUGCUGAGCGAAGAAACUUGUAUGGUUCGUCUGCUCUUGGAGAUGAUCUAUCUGACCUGGGGCUCGGUGAUUCAAAUCGAGAUUUUGGAUUAAGGAAGGGUUCUAUGGAUUCAAUGCCUUUCCCACCUGGUGUUGGUGGAGGACGUGUGUUUGGAGAAGCUAAUGUCAAUAGUUAUGAGGUGAUUACUGCAGACAAAGCAAUUGAUGAGAGCAAUGUGGGCAACCGGAUGCUCCGCAGCAUGGGCUGGCAUGAAGGCUUGGGACUGGGGAAGGAUGGAAGUGGAAUGAUAGAGCCAGUCCAGGCACAGUCCACAGAAAGUAGAGCAGGACUUGGGAGUCAGCAAAAAAAGGUUGAUCCUAGCCUUGAAGUGCAAGCUGGGGAUAGUUACAAAACUCUCAUUCAGAAGAAGGCGCUUGCCAGGUUUCGGGAGAUGUCGUAGAUAGGUAUGGAGUGACUGAAGCUGCUUGUGGAGUGAAGGAAGCAGAUAUAAAAUCUUAUGGUGGAAGAUAGUGCCAGAGCUUUAUAAUUGGAAUUGAAAAAUGUAGAUUGCAAUAGCUUUGUGGUAAGGCAGUAUUGGUUUGAGGUGUUGUAUGACUCGUUGUCUUUUAAAAACUAUAUAGCUUUUCAGCAAUAGCAAAAUUCUAAUAAAGCUUUGAAUUUUGAUUGCGCUUGUA